CUGCGCGAACUCAAGAUGCUUCGGACGCUCAGGCAGGAAAACAUCGUGGAGCUCAAAGAGGCGUUCAGGAGGAGGGGCAAACUCUAUCUGGUCUUUGAGUACGUCGAACGGAAUAUGCUGGAGCUGUUGGAGGAGCUGCCCACCGGAGCCCCCCCUGACAAAGUCCGCAGUUACAUUUACCAACUCAUCAAAGCCAUCAACUGGUGCCACAAGAACGAGAUCGUGCACAGAGAUAUUAAACCGGAGAAUUUGUUGAUCAGCUCUGAAGACGUCCUCAAACUCUGUGACUUUGGUUUUGCUCGUAAUCUCUCAGAAGGAACUGAUGCCAACUACACAGAGUACGUGGCUACAAGAUGGUACCGCUCACCAGAACUGCUGCUGGGGGCUCCCUACGGAAAGGCCGUGGACAUGUGGUCUGUGGGAUGUAUCCUGGGAGAACUGAGUGAUGGCCAGCCUCUGUUCCCCGGAGAGAGCGAGAUCGAUCAGCUCUUCACCAUUCAGAAGGUCCUGGGUCCACUUCCUGCAGAACAAAUGAAGCUUUUCUACAACAACCCUCGAUUCCACGGCAUCAGGUUUCCUUCAGUAACUCAUCCACAGACUUUGGAGAGGAGGUACCAGGGAAUCAUGAGUGGUCUGAUGUUGGAUUUGAUGAAGAACCUGCUGCUAUUGAACCCAACCGAGCGUUACCUGACAGACCAGAGCCUGAACCACCCUGUGUUCCAGCCUCUGAGGCAGGUGGAGCGAGAGAGACCACCCCCCGCCUCCCCAAACCCCCCACGCUCCUCGAAGAGAAAAACCCACCACCACGGGGAGAACACUGUCCCAACCAGGAGCCACAGUAAGAGCACCUCUCAUCGCCGCUCCAACAGCAAAGAGUGUUCCAGCCUGCCUCGUCACGGCGACCUCCAUCACCUCGGCAACGACAACUUCCUCAACGGCAACAAGGGGGCGCCGACGAGCCUGAGCCCCACCCUGCACCCCAAAACCCAGUACCUGUCCCAAACUCUGAACCGCACGGCCUCCUCCAGCAAAGACCUGAUCAAUAACAAUAUACUGCCACACCUGCUCAGCCCCAAAGACAAGACUAAAGAGUUUGACUUCAACUUGGGACCGUCACCGAAACUCUCCGAUCCGGGACAUGCAGCGAAGUACGGACACGCGAAAACUGGGUCAUCGCGGGUCCAGCAGCAGCAGCCCCAGCCCCAGCCUCAGCAGCAGGCGGGGAGGCACACGUUUCUGGAGGGGAAAACCAACACACUCCAGUCUGCUCCAGAUAAACACGGCCGACAUGGACACACUCAGAGUAUGGCAGACUCUGCUCACGGCUCCAUGUCGUCCUCCUCCAAAAGCUCCGCCUCCUACCUGAGCCUGUCCAAGAGCCACAGUGCCCUGAGCGAUGCCAAGUCUGUGGGUAACCUUAGCGACACACGCCUGCACCCCGAUGACCCGAACGCCAACGCACCCGCCGUGGGACCUGGCGCCCGCUUCUUCCCCACCAGCUGUUUGGACCUGAACACUCAGACGGGACCUCAGGGACCGCCCGGGAGCCCCUCCAAUCGUCAUAGCGACCGCUCCGGCCACAGCCCCGCCUCUCGCAGUGGAGGGAACAUGCGCAUGGAGAGCAGCACCCUGGACUCCUCCUCAAGACACAAAUCCAGACACAAAUCACUGGUGCCAGAACCAGGUGCAGAGCUGCUGGACCCUGGAGGACCUGGCAUCUCCUCCACCCACACCCUCCCAUCACCCCACGAGUCAUACCACUAUGGUCUGGGCUACACAUCACCCUUCUCCUCUCAGCAGCGUCCCCAGAGGCACUCCAUGUACGUGCGGAGGGAGCGGCACAGGCCCCAUGGCACAGAGGGGGCACCGGCGCCUGGCCUGCCCGUCCCAGGUCAGGCCAUCCCCACACGGGCCAGCAGCCUCCAGCUUCUCUCCCCUCAGCUCCAGCAUCGCACCACCCUCACGGGGCACUCGGUCAGCUCAUCCAGGGAGGACUGUACCGAUACUAUGACCAAAAGCGAGCAGUCUCCUAAAGACAUGAGCCACCCCUGUCCUCCCAUCAAAGAGUCUACGCGGGACAACACCGCCGCUUUUCACUCACAGCGAGCUAAAAAUGAGGUCAGUAUGUACCACGACCCUCACGGCGAAGACGGAGUGGCCAAAGAAAAUCGAAUGAUCUUCACUGAGUCCAUGCCUCGCAGAGUCGGCAGCUUCUACAGAGUGCCCUCACCCAGGCCGGAUAACUCGUCUUCGUUCCAUGAUGGUGGGUCAGCCAAGGGGUCCUUGCCUGGAGUAGGGGUCGUGCCCGGAGACCCCAACCAUCCACCCGUCUCCAUGGGCAACCACUCCAAGAGACAGACCGCUUUUGAAUGGCCUGGAGCAGAGGUGAUGGUCAUAAACCCCCCAGAGCCCACCAAAGAGAAGGAAAAACAAGGAUUUUUCAGAGCCAUCAAGAAGAAAAAGAAGAAAACUCAGAUGAACGACAUGGAGGACUCCAGGAACCCGAGCAUCAAGAAAAGCCUCUUCCCCCUCUUCAGCUCCAAGAACAGCCUGAAGCACAAUGUUGCCGUAAAAGUCCUGCCUGUCGUGGGCUCGCCUAUGGUACAACAGCAGCCCGCGCCGCCCUAUCCCACGUCGCCAGUCCCUGGUAACGGACAGGAGCACCUGUCACUACAGAGGAGCUCCAAGUCUUCGUCUCAUCACAGCAGCCGCCGGAAAAACCGCGAGCGAUCGAGAGACAGAGACAGAGAGAGAGAGCAGAGCCGUGAUCGAGACCGGGACAGAGAGAGAGAAAGAGAGAGGGAGAGAGAGAGGGAGAGAGACAGAGGGAGGGAGAGAGAGCGGGACAGAGUGGAGUGGCCCCCAGAGAAACCAGUGGAUUCACAUUCACAGAGCCAACCGCUGAAGUCUCUCCGUCGUCUGCUCCACCUCUCCCCCUCCUCCUCGAACCAGGGACCCCCUCCGCCCCCUCCCCAAGACCUACGCUUCCAAGCCCCCCUGCCCAACCCGCCUCCGCCCUCUUCCAAACCAGGAUACCCCGAAGCACGCGCCCACGGGGAGAGCAGGGCACAGGGGGCGAGCAGCUCCACCCAGCCCAAGAGCCGUAAACCCAGCUACCCUCUGCCGGGACAGAUCGAGUCCAGUUGGCACGUAUCAGCGCUACAGCGGGCAGAGGGGGCACAGUUUACCCCCGAACAGCUGGGCAUCAAACCGGGGCAGAAUGGACCCACUUUUACCCGCGCCUCUCGCCCCAGAAUGCCCAACCUCAACGACUUAAAGGAAACGGCACUGUAA